AGAGAGAGCACGGGCGCCAUCUUAGUUGCUACCACUGCUUCCAGCGAAGCGCUUCCUCUGCGGACGGGAGGGCGCUCGCGGCCCGAGCGCGCGGCCCAGCGUCGCGGCGGCGGCUCCUCCGUGGACCCUGGUGCUUGCCGCGGCGCGAAGCAGCCGGCUCCGGGCCGCCAGAGCCCCGCUCGGUGCCCCGCGCGCCUCCCUGCCGCUCCCGCCUCGGGCCGGCCGGGGCGCCGGGAGCCCGAGAGAUGCUGCGCCGCCCUGGGCUCGCGCUAGCCCCGGCCGCCUGGCUGCUGCUGGCCGGGCUGCUGCGCGGCAACGAGGUCGGGGCCGCGCGAGCCAACAAGCACAAGCCGUGGCUUGAGCCCACCUAUCACGGCAUAGUGACCGAGAACGACAACACCGUGCUCCUCGAUCCCCCACUGAUUGCCCUGGACAAAGACGCCCCGCUGCGGUUCGCAGAGAGUUUUGAGGUGACAGUCACCGCAGAAGGUGAGAUUUGCGGGUUUAAAAUCCAUGGGCAGAACGUCCCCUUCGACGCGGUGGUGGUGGACAAGUCCACGGGCGAGGGACUGCUUCGCUCCAAGGAGCAGCUGGACUGCGAGCUGCAGAAAGACUACACGUUCGCCAUCCAGGCCUACGACUGCGGGAGGGGGCCCGGCAGCGGCGCCAGCGUGAAGAAGUCCCACAAAGCCACCGUCCACAUCCAGGUGAACGACGUGAACGAGUACGCGCCUGUGUUCAAGGAGAAGUCCUACCAGGCGACGGCCGUGGAGGGCAGGCGGCACGAGAGCAUCCUGAGGGUGGAGGCCGUGGACGCGGACUGCUCGCCGCAGUUCAGCCAGAUCUGCAGCUACGAGAUCGUCACUCCGAACGUGCCGUUCACCGUGGACAAGGACGGUUAUAUAAAGAACACGGAGAAGCUGAAGUACGGGAAGGAGCACGAGUACAAGCUGACGGUCACGGCCUAUGACUGUGGGAAGAAGAGGGCAGCCGAGGACGUGCUGGUGAAGAUCAGCACCAGGCCCACCUGCACCCCCGGCUGGCAAGGAUGGAGCGACCGGGUGGAGUACGAGCCGGGCGCGGGCGCGCUGGCCCUCUUCCCCAGCCUGCACCUGGAGACGUGCGGCGAGUCGGUGGUCUCCGUGCAGGCGACAGUGGAGCUGGAGACCGGCCACAUAGGGAAGGGCUGUGACCGCGACACCUACUCGGAGAAGUCCCUGCACCGGCUCUGUGGUGCCGCGGCCGGCACUGCCGAGCUUCUCCCGUCCCCCAGCGGCCCCCUGAACUGGACCGUCGGCCUGCCCACCGACAACGGCCACGACAGCGAUCAGGUCUUCGAGUUCAAUGGCACACAGGCCGUCAGGGUCCCCGACGGCGUCGUUUCCGUCAACCCGAAAGAGCCGUUCACGGUCUCUGUGUGGAUGAGGCACGGGCCCUCUGGCAGGAGGAAGGAGACGAUUCUGUGCAGCUCGGACAGGACAGAUAUGAACCGGCACCAUUAUUCCCUGUUUGUCCACGGCUGCCGACUCGUUUUCCUCCUCCGUCAGGACCCUUCGGGAGAGAAGAAGUACACGCCUGCAGAAUUCCACUGGAAGUUGGCUCAGGUCUGCGAUGAGGACUGGCACCACUACGUCCUCAACGUGGAAAUCCCGACAGUCACUCUCUACGUGGACGGGGUUUCCCACGAGCCCUUCUCUGUGACUGAGGAUCACCCACUUCAUCCGUCCAAGAUCGACACUCAGCUCGUGGUCGGGGCUUGCUGGCAAGAGAACUCAGGAGUCGAAAGUGACAAUGAAACCGAGCCUCUGCCUGUGGCCUCGGCAGGUGGCGACCUGCACAUGACCCAGUUUUUCCGAGGUGACCUGGCUGGCCUGACGAUCCGUUCAGGGAAACUCACAGACAAGAAGGUGAUCGACUGUCUGUAUACCUGCAAGGAAGGGCUGGACCUGCCGGUCCCUGAAGAUGGCGGCAGAGGCGUAAAGAUCCAAGCCAACCCCAGCCAGUCGGUGUUGACUUUGGAGGGCGAGGACGUGGGGGAGGUGGAGAAGGCCCUGCAGCACCUCGCCUACCUGAACUCCCGGCAGUUCCCCACCCCUGGGAUCCGGAGACUCAGACUCACCAGCGAGGUCAGGUGUGGCAGCGAGGCCGCCUGCAUCGAAGUCCCCCCGGUCGACGGCUCCGUGAUGGUUUUGCAGCCGGAGGAGCCCAAGAUCAGCCUGAGUGGCGUCCACCACUUUGCGCGAGCAGCGUCCGAGUUCGAGAGCUCAGAGGGGGUCUUCCUUUUCCCCGAGCUGCGGAUCAUCAGUACCAUCACGAGAGAGGUGGAGCCCGACGGGGAGGGGGACGAGGACCCCACAGUUCAAGAGUCGCUGGUGUCUGAGGAGAUUGUGCACGACCUGGACACCUGUGAGGUGACGGUGGAGGGGGAGGAGCUGAACCCCGAGCAGGAGAGCCUGGAGGUGGACUCGGCCCGCCUGCAGCCCAAGGGCAUGGAAGUGAGCCACUCCGACCUAGGUGUGACCUUUACAGGCGUGGACACCAUGGCCAGCUAUGAGGAGACCUUGCGCCUCCUGCGCUAUCGCAACUGGCACUCCAGGUCCUUGCUCGACCGGAAGUUCAAGCUCGUGUGCUCCGAGCUGAAUGGACGCUACGUCAGCAACGAGUUUCAGGUGGAGGUGAACGUGAUCCACACGGCCAACCCCGUGGAGCACGCCAGCCACCUGGCUGCGCAGCCGCAGUUCGUGCACCCUGAGCACCGCUCUUUCGUCGACCUCUCUGGGCACAACCUGGCCAACCCCCACCCAUUCGCAGUCGUCCCCAGCACGGCCACCGUCGUCAUCGUGGUGUGCGUCAGCUUCCUGGUGUUCAUGAUCAUCCUGGGCGUGUUCCGGAUCCGGGCUGCUCACCAGCGUGCUGUGCGGGACCAGGACGCCGGCAAGGAGAACGAGAUGGACUGGGACGACUCCGCCCUGACCAUCACCGUGAACCCCAUGGAGACCUACGAGGACCAACGCAGUGAGGAAGAGGAGGAGGAAGAGGAGGAGGAAGAGAGUGAGGAAGGCGAGGAGGAGGAUGACGUCACCAGCGCAGAGUCGGAGAGCAGCGAGGAGGAGGAGGGGGAGCACGGGGACCCUCGGACCGGGAACAGGCAGCAGCAGCUGGAGUGGGACGACUCCACCCUCAGCUACUGAGCCCUGGCCACGCCCCCUCCCUGCCGGGCCGGGCUCUGCCGGCGUCCCCGCCAGUCCCGAGGGUCCGCAGUGUACAAAGUCCUUCUGGCCAGUGGGUCUUCCGGCCCUCCUGGCCGCCCGUGCUUGGUGUGCAAGACCCCGGGCUCCCUCCCUGCCCCUCCCCCGCCUGGAUCUCUGUCACUCAAGGAGCUGACACACGUGCUCUCCUGUCACCUCGCUCCGCGUGGCCCCUCACGCCUCCAGAAACACCAAGUGACUGGAUUCAGUGACAGGGUUAAAAUCUCUCACUCCCAUCUGGUAAUCCUUUUGUUCAUCUUUUUUUUUUUUUUAAUUUUGUUUUUCCAAACUAGUGCAUGUAUAAAAUGGCAGAGUGGGGGUUAAUAUGUAGAUGACAAACUGACUUUUUAAUAUUUUGUAAAUAAAUUGGGAUUCCUCAUGUCCUCUGUGCUAGUGUAACCCAGGACCGGAGUGCAAAGUGUGAGACACUGAGUGUGGAGACCCCGCCCCCUUGGGCACCUGGGACUGUCCCAGCCCCAGGUCUCCAUUCCCAUUCCCCAGGUGGGGCCAGGCCAUUUUCGAGCAAGAAUUUGGUGCGCUGCUUGGUGGGAGGGGACCCUGCCUAGAGGCUGGAAAUGGCUGAGGCCUGUCUUUGGGAUGCCCCGCUUCUCACGUGGCAGAGGGCUGGGCGGUGGGGUCCUGGGGCUCACAGUUAGAUGUGCUCUCACACUCCCAGGCCUUAGAGAUAACAUGGACGGUGCAAACUGCGUGUGUGGAGGCAGCCAUGGGCCGUGACCUGGGAACUUGGCGCUGCACGUGGCCAGUGGCCCCAGUCAGACUCAGACUCCCUGCAGCAAGCAGCCUUCAGAAGGCUGGCAGCUGCUCGCCUGCCCGGAGCCCUGGGGAGGUGGGGGGAGGGGGCCCCUCCCAGGAGGGGGCCCUGCUGCUGCUGCUGCUGCUGCUGCUGCUGCGCUCCCCUCGGGGAAGGAGAGGGAGCGAGAGUCGGGAGCUGAAGCCCCUGUAGCACUUUGUUUUUAAUUUACAUGUAAAGUUUUAGAUUUCUAAAAUGGGGGGGGUAAUUUUGAAUACUGUUCUGUCUCCCGCUGCCGCUGUCCCGUGUCCGUGUGGCCUUCCCUCCCUCUGUGCGCUGUCACUGUAGCCGCUCCGUGUAGACCACGGACAGACGCCAGCGCGGGCAGCGAGCCGCCCUCGCUGCCACAGCUGCCGUGGCCCCGCCCCCCCCAUGUGUAACUGAUGACAGGCCAGACAGUGUCUCUGCUGCAAUAAAGUUCUGGUUCUAACUCCA